CGGGGUCGGAGCGAUGACGCGGGGGGCCGGGCCUAGCCCAGCCUGCAGCCGAAGCCGAAGCGGGCGAGGCAGAGCCAGCGGCGGCGGCGGAGCCACAGGGACAGCGGGAGCCGAUGGAGCUGGAAAACAUCGUGGCCAACACGGUGCUGCUCAAGGCCAGAGAAGGCGGUGGAGGAAAGAGGAAGGGCCGGAGUAAAAAAUGGAAGGAAAUGUUACGGUUGCCCCACAUCAGUCAGUGCGAGGAACUGCGACGCACCAUUGAAAGGGAUUACAGUAACCUCUGUGACAAGCAACCGAUAGGCAGACACCUUUUCCGGCAGUUCUGUGAGACACGACUAGAAUUAAAGAGAUGCAUUGAAUUCCUGGAUGCAGUGGCAGAUUAUGAAGUGGCUCCUGAUGAGAAGAGGCAGGACUGCGGACUGCAGCUCUUGGAGACCUAUUUCAACAAUGGGUCUGCGGCCCAUUUACCAGACGUGCCUGCGGACACCGUAAUGCAAUGCAAGGAGAAACUGGAGCAAAGUCCUUGCAAGGAGAUCUUUACGGAGUGUGCUAAAUUUGUUCACGAUUACCUGAGCGGUGCACCCUUCACAGAGUUCCAAGAAACCAUGUACUUCUCUAGAUUUCUGCAGUGGAAGUGGUUGGAAAGGCAGCCAGCAACAAAGAAUACUUUUCGGCAUUACCGGGUGCUUGGUAAAGGAGGAUUUGGCGAGGUAUGUGCUUGCCAAGUGCGUGCGACUGGGAAGAUGUACGCCUGUAAAAAGCUGGAAAAGAAGAGGAUAAAAAAACGGAAAGGAGAAUCCAUGGCAUUGAAUGAAAAGCGGAUUUUAGAAAAAGUCAACAGCAGAUUCGUUGUCAGCUUAUCGUACGCCUAUGAAACGAAGGAUGCGCUGUGUCUGGUACUGACCCUAAUGAACGGCGGAGACCUCAAGUUUCACAUCUACAACAUGGGCAACCCAGGCUUUGAUGAGAAGAGGGCCAUCUUCUACGCUGCGGAGAUCUGCUGCGGUCUGGAAGACCUACACAAAGAGAGAAUCGUGUACAGAGAUUUGAAGCCGGAAAACAUCUUGCUAGAUGAUCAUGGUCACAUCAGGAUUUCGGACCUGGGGUUAGCCAUGCACAUUCCAGAGGGCGAUAGGAUUCGUGGGAGAGUCGGGACUGUGGGAUACAUGGCUCCUGAGGUCAUCAACAACGAACGUUACUCCUUCAGCCCCGACUGGUGGGGCCUCGGCUGCCUGCUCUACGAGAUGAUUCGGGGCCAGUCACCUUUUCGAAAGCGCAAAGAGAAGGUGAAGCGGGAGGAGGUGGACCGGCGGGUGAAAGAGGACAGGGAGGAUUAUUCUGACAAGUUCUCAGAUGAGACGCGUUCCAUCUGCAGCAUGCUCCUGACUAAAGAUCCAAAGGAGCGUUUGGGAUGUCAGGGUGGAGGGGCGGCCGAGGUGAAGCAACAUCCCAUAUUUCGACCCAUCAACUUCAAAAGACUUGAGGCAAACAUGCUGGACCCUCCCUUCGUUCCAGAUCCCAGAGCAGUGUACUGCAAGGACGUCUUGGACAUUGAGCAGUUCUCCACGGUCAAAGGUGUGAACCUGGAUCCGACAGAUGACGACUUCUACUCCAAGUUUGUCACUGGCAGCGUCUCUAUUCCCUGGCAAAAUGAGAUGUUUGAUACAGAAUGUUUCAAAGAGGUAAAUACCUAUGGAAGUGAUGGAACACUGUCACCAGACCUGGACAAUAACAAGCCCGAACCACCUCCAAAGCGCGGCGUGUGGUAUAGACUUUGCAGGCGAGAGAUGUGUUUCAAAAGUAGCUUCAGUGAUGAAGAUGAAGACCCUUCGAGAAUUCUGUAGUUAAUGAGCCAAAUAUCGAUUCUCAUGAAAAAAGGAUAAAUUUCAGGUUAAACUGGGAACAUGUAUUAAAAUGUAUUAUAUUUCAAAAAAAAACUGUAUGAGUUUACAUAUUUUGUACAUUUAUAUUUGAAUUAUGUCUUAGAUGUAUAUUUUAACUAAAGUUGUACAAAAAGCCAUAUAUUAAGUACCACUUGAAUGCGUAUGUUAAUUUUAGCAGGAAUGACUUUGUGAAUUAUCUAUUUAAAAGUUUAUUUUUAAUUAUUUUUUUAAAAACAGAAAAAAGCACAGCAAUGUAAAUUAGUGCUAUUUGCAACGUGACAUUUAGCUGGAUUUUAUUUAGUAUAAGGAGUGGACCUACGCACAGUAGCAGUUGCUCUUGAGAUGCCAAAGUGCGCAGCACUGUGGGUGGGUACGUGCCUGUAAAUAAAUGCGUGUGUAUGAAUGCCUAUUAAUGUGUACAUAAGUCCUCGGGAGUAUGCGUACAUGAGUGUGUUUGUGGCCUGCAAUUGCACCGUGUGUGCAGUUAAACUCCACCUCAAGUGCAACAAGUAGCCUGGAUCUACCACGCGCUUGCUUUAGUUCCCCUUUUGUUGGACUUGGACCUCUGCUGUGUGUACGGGCCUAUUGCUUAUCAACGAAGUGGUUGGCAACCCAGGCCACUGGUUCACGAUCUGGUCGGAAAUAGGACACAUUAUUUUGUCCUAAAGCAAAAUUGAACAUUUGGUGUUUUUUAAAGCAAAACCUCCAAAGCAUCAAGAGAGGGUCAAGAGUGUUUUAUUGUCAUCUGUCCCGAAAUGGAACUAUGAAAUUCUUACACCAAGUAAAGCCUGGCAAUGCAAUGACAAACUGAAUCCGGCAGAUUUGAUACCUCUCUUUCCAAUCUGCUAGAACCUCUGCCUUUCCCACUCAUAAUCCUGUCCCAUGUAAAUAUGUGGAAUUUGACCAUCAAUUAGCUUAGAAACGAGGAACUGCAGAUGCUGGAUUCUUGCGUAGAACAUAGUGCUCGGGCAGCAUCUCUGGAUGACAUGGAUAAGCAACGUUUCAGGUCAGGUCCCUUCUGCAGAAUAAAAAGUAAAAAAUGAAAAUUGAAUUUUCCAAUUUUUAUGUAACCCCCCUCACCCUCCACUUUUGUUUUUCACCUUUCCAACCAUUUCUCCCACUAUCUCACGCCAUUCCCACUUCCUCCAUCUCCAACCUAUAUCCCUCCGUCCGGCUUUACAAUUUACUUCUUUCACUCCCCUCCUUAUCUGACACUCUUUUAUCUCCUAGGUAGACAAAAAUGCUGGAGUAACUCAGCGGGUGAGGCAGCAUCUAUGGAGCGAAGGAAUAGGCAACGUUUCGGGUUGAGACCCUUCUUCAAUGUUCAUAUCUUAUCUUUUUGUCCCCUUUAGUCAUCCAUUUUGUCUCUUUUGUAUCUCUAGCCUUUGUCUACCCAUCUGCUAAUCAACCCCCCCUCCCCAACAAGGGAAACAAAAAUGUCUAAAGAAGGAUCCCGUCCUGAAACGUCACCCAUUCCUUUUCUCCAGAGAUGCUGCCCAAUCCGCUGAGUUACUCCAGCAUUUUGUGUCUUUCUCCAGAGAUGCUGCCUGUCUUGCUGAGUUACUCCAAGCUCUUUGAGUCAACCCUUGACUUCUGUGCAAUUUAUUAGCUUAUUUGACCUAUGCGAACCAUCGUUCCUGGCAAUACACUGAAAGCUUUGUAACCUCAAACCUAUGGAAACAUUCCCACAUGACCUUAAACUAAAACCUGAAGUUCUGACGACGUCAGAUUCAUCUGCACCAAGCCUUUAAAAAAAACAAUAUUUUCUUUUUUUGUUCUGGGUAUUUUACCUAUGAUUCAUUUUCUAAAAGCUGUGAAAUAUUUAAUUUAAUGACCUCUGCUCAAAAAUAUUGACUUCUGUGGUUUGUGUCUUGCACUAAGUGCCAUUUUAUUUUUUAGAUGUUGCCUGUCUCAUUAAAGAUUUUCCAGUUAUAUUUAAAAUAAUGUUGUAUACUGUAUCUAUGAUAAGGCUUCUUUGUCUGAAUAUUAGAAUCAUGUUGAACAACUCUGAUUCCAUUACAGUUGAUCACUGGUUUUCGUGCUAAUAUAAGUCUUGUCUCUUUUAAAAAAAACUUGGUGUGCAUAUCCAUUCUAAACUGGGAAUCUUGAUAGGUUCUUACCCAAUGUUUUUACGUUGGAAUGUUUUAAAUUAAUAAAUACUGCCAUUUGUAUACAG